UCUCCGAAGGCCUGAGCGCUCUGAGUCGCUGAGUCGGGGGCAGAGCGCUCGGAGUCGCCCUGGAAACGCUUUGUCCGUACAGCAACAUGGACGCGCCCGUUGGCUCUUAGAGCAGAUUUCCUCUCCCCCGCUUUGGGCUGAAAGGGGCGUCUUUUAGGACAACUAUUUAGAUGCGUGCUUUUUUCACGCUGCAUAUCUGGGAAGGCGGCAUGCACUUUUCUGAUGAGGGAAGCAGUGAGGGAGGAGGGAGUGAGCCUACUGAGUUUGGGCGCAGUUGGUUCCGAAGAUCGCGCCGGUGUGGGCCACGCCUGGGUUCGGGCUCAGAAUUUGCUCGCUAGGAUUUUACGACCUUUUUAGUCUGGUGGUGCCCUGUGAGAGGCUUACAGGGAAUCCGGAUGAUUAGGGGGUGAUUGGUGUGAAGCAGAGAAGUAGGAGAGACCGAGAGGUGCAGUGAGCAUAGGCUGCUGUUGGUGAUGGUAAACCUGGUAUUGGUCCUCCCUUCACAGUCACUCCCGCUUCCCUGAGUCUGAACUCGGACAAACACCGCCUAUGAUACCUAGGGUGGUGGGGUUGGAAGAAGAGCUCAGAACCAAAGUCGGGGUACCUGGGCCUUGUAGCAGUCGUGCCAUUAACUACAGUUGUAAUUUGGGGCACGCCAUCCCUUCUGUCUGAGUUUCAGUCUUCCUAUCUGCAUUUCUAGCUCUCGCUGGAUAUUACAGGACCUCCUCACCACCGCGGUGACUCUGAAGGGAGGACCAGGACCAGAUUUACCGUCACCAAAAGCAUUUGUUUGAGCAGUUGCUUCGUGCCAGGCACUGCACAGCACUUCAUGUCGAUUAUCGCAUUACGUUCUCUAAACUGCCCUCCGAGAUGUCAUAAAAAAAAAAAAAAAGGUGAAAUUGUGGCUCAGUGAGAUCAAAUAGCUUGUCCCAUGGUCAUAAAGCUAAUGCAUGGAGUUAAAGGUUUGAAUCUAGAUGUUACUAGUAUUAGCUGUGCUAUUAGUCACAUAUAUUAAUUUGUCCCCCCUCUUCAGCGUUCCACUAUACUAGAUUUAGUAAGCAAUAUCCAGAACUGAAAAGCAUCUUUUGAAAAAAGGAAGUUCUAGUUGCUGGAGGAGAACUGCUCAGAACCAAUACACAUCUAGACUCUGUAACCUUGCAAUUUUGCUGUGGUUUAGUGCUGUUAAAAUUGCAUUUUGCUUUUCUUUUUAUAUUUUUGCACUCCAUUGGUACCAGUGAUUAAGUAAGGCAAUGAUACCAGAGAAUGGGCUGACUUAUUACGUUAAAUGUAGUUUGAAAAACAAGAGCUGAUAUGCUUAUAGCUCCUCUGAACUUGUGACCUCCAGGUUUAUCUCACUAAAAGGGGUGGAUUCACAUAGGUAAUUCAGCAUUCUUUGCUUUGACAGGACACUGUCACCUGUUAAGGAUUCAGUGACUUUCUGACUUGGAAGAUGUAGACACAGUGGCUGGAUCCAAGCAGGGCCCAGGAAGAUAGAAAGAUCAAAUUGGGAUUCUAGAAAUAAGGUCAGAAAGAGAAUGUCAGUCGUGCACCAGCUGUCACCAGGAUGGUUACUGGAUCAUCUUUCUUUCAUUAACAAGAUCAACUAUCAAGUUCACCAGCAUCAUGAGUCUUGUUGCAGUAAAAAUGAGCCCACUGCUUCUGUUCACCUUGAUUCUGUGUCCUCCUUUGGAUCCUCAACUAAAUUUAUUGCUUCUGACUCUACCACUAAGCCCAAGAAUGAUGGUGGAGGAAAUUGUGAAAUGUUCAUACAAAAAUAUAUUUUUAGAUCUGAACUGUUUGAUAUCACUAAACCUUAUAUAACUUCAGCUAUUCACAAGGAAUGCCAACAAAAUAAUGAAAAGGAAGAUCUAAUGAAUGGUGUUAAAAAAGAAAUCUCCAUUUCUGCUCUUGGGAAGAAGCGUAAAAGGUGUGUUGGUUUCAAUCAAGGUGAAUUGGAUGCUAUGGAAUACCAUGAAAAGAUCAGGGGGCUGAUUUUGGAUGGAUCUUCACAGAUAAUCCAAGAAGGUUUAAAAAGUGGCUUUCUUCAUCCACUUUCUGAAAAACAGGACAAGUGUAAUGAGCCCGUUACUUUAUCAUUUGAUACCUGCAAUUUAUCAGAAUUAUGUGAAAUGGCAAAGCAUUUGCCUUCUCUGAAUGAAACGGAACUUCUGACAUUACAACUGAUGGAAAACGAUAUGUCUGUUACAGAGCAGGAUUUAUUUUCACGGAUUGUUGAAAACAACUCUAGAUUUACAAAAAUGAUUACUUUAAUGGGACAGAAAUACCUGGUGCCACCAAAAAGCAGUUUUCUUUUGUCUGACAUUUCUUGUAUGCACCCGCUUCUGAAUUGUAGGAAAACAUAUGAUGUGAUUGUGAUAGAUCCACCAUGGCAGAACAAGUCAGUUAAAAGAAGUAACAGGUAUAGUUAUUUGUCACCACUGCAAAUAAAACAAAUACCUAUCCCUAAACUGGCUGCUCCAAACUGUCUUGUUAUUACUUGGGUGACUAAUAGACAGAAGCACUUACGUUUUGUAAAAGAAGAACUUUAUCCUUCGUGGUCUGUGGAGAUAAUUGCUGAAUGGCACUGGUUAAAAAUCACCAAUUCAGGAGAGUUUGUGUUCCCAUUAGAUUCUCCACACAAAAAGCCUUAUGAAGGUCUUAUACUGGGGAGAGUUCAAGAAAAAACUACUUUACCAUUAAGGAAUAUGGUCCCCAUUCCAGAUCACAAAUUAAUUGUCAGUGUACCUUGUACCCUUCACUCACAUAAGCCACCUCUUGCUGAGGUUUUAAAAGACUAUAUCAAGCCAGAUGGGGACUGUUUGGAAUUGUUUGCUCGAAAUUUACAGCCCGGUUGGACUAGUUGGGGCAAUGAAGUCCUCAAAUUUCAACACGUGGAUUAUUUUAUUCCUCUAGAGUCUAGAAGCUGACUCAUCUUAAAGUUGUGAUUUUCAUCAGUUUUUCCUCAUCUCUCUCCCUUUAUUCUGAUUUUUUUUUUAUUACCAACCAGUAUGCUUAGAAAUGUAAACAGGACAUGGUUGUUCAGCAAAAUGGCCAGAGGUGUCUAGCCUUCAUGUGAUUUUGAGAUGAAUUUUACUUCAGUGGCAAUAGCAUUGUUUAUUAUUCUAGGCUCAUCCUAUAUAAUCCUAUAUAA